GGGGAAAGGCGACGAACUGAGGGGGAUCGGGGAGGGGCGGGAAGGUGGCGGCCAGAACAUGGCGGAACAGAUCCCUCUGUACCCGGUGCGCAGCGCGGCGGCCGCGGCCAGCUGCAAACGUGCGGCCUACUUCAGCGCGGCGGGGCCCGGGCCGGGGGCCGAGCGGUCCAGCAGGUACCAGCUGGAAGAUGAGUCUGCCCAUUUGGAUGAAAUGCCAUUAAUGAUGUCUGAAGAAGGCUUUGAGAAUGAUGAAAGUGAUUACCACAAAUUACCACGAGCUAGGAUCAUGCGAAGAAAGAGAGGCCUAGAGUGGUUUGUCUGUGGAGGAUGGAAGUUCCUCUGUACCAGUUGCUGUGAUUGGCUGAUAAAUAUUUGUCAAAGAAAGAAAGAAUUGAAAGCUCGUACAGUGUGGCUUGGAUAUCCGGAAAAGUGUGAAGAAAAACAUCCCAGAAAUUCUAUAAAAAAUCAGAAAUACAAUGUAUUUACCUUUAUACCUGGGGUUUUAUAUGAACAAUUCAAGUUUUUCUUGAAUCUCUAUUUUCUGGUAGUAUCCUGCUCACAGUUUGUGCCAGCAUUGAAAAUAGGCUAUCUCUACACCUACUGGGCUCCUCUGGGGUUUGUCUUGGCUGUUACUAUCAUGAGGGAAGCAAUUGAUGAAUUUCGGCGUUUUCAGCGAGACAAGGAAGUGAAUUCACAACUAUACAGCAAGCUUACAGUAAGAGGUAAAGUGCAAGUUAAGAGUUCAGACAUACAAGUUGGAGACCUCAUCAUAGUGGAAAAGAAUCAAAGAAUUCCAUCGGACAUGGUAUUUCUUAGGACAUCAGAAAAAGCAGGUUCAUGUUUUAUUCGAACUGAUCAACUCGAUGGUGAAACUGACUGGAAGCUGAAAGUGGCGGUGAGCUGCACGCAGAGGCUGCCGGCUCUGGGGGACCUUUUUUCUAUCAAUGCUUAUGUUUAUGCUCAGAAGCCACAACUGGAUAUUCAUAGUUUUGAAGGCACAUUUACCAGGGAAGAUAGUGAUCCACCCAUUCAUGAAAGUCUCAGCAUAGAAAAUACCUUGUGGGCAAGCACUGUUGUUGCAUCAGGUACUAUAAUAGGUGUUGUCAUUUAUACUGGAAAAGAGACUCGAAGUGUAAUGAACACAUCCAAUCCAAAAAGUAAGGUUGGUUUGCUGGACCUUGAGCUCAAUCAGCUGACCAAAGCGCUGUUUUUGGCAUUGGUUGCCCUCUCAGUUGUCAUGGUGACCUUGCAGGGAUUCUCAGGUCCCUGGUACCGCAGUCUCUUCCGCUUUCUCCUGCUCUUCUCCUACAUCAUUCCCAUAAGUUUGCGUGUGAACCUGGACAUGGGCAAAGCCGCCUAUGGGUGGAUGAUUAUGAAAGAUGAGAAUAUUCCAGGCACAGUGGUCCGGACCAGCACCAUCCCGGAGGAGCUGGGGCGCCUGGUGUACCUGCUGACCGACAAGACAGGAACCCUCACCCGGAACGAGAUGGUAUUUAAGCGGCUGCAUCUGGGCACCGUGUCUUACGGGACGGACACGAUGGAUGAGAUCCAGAACCAGCUCAUGAAUUCCUACUCACAGACGCAGUCUCAGACCAGUGGAAACAACGCCAGUUCAACACCCCCAAGAAAAGCCCAGUCCUCAGCGCCCAAGGUCAGGAAAAGCGUGAGCAGCCGGGUCCACGAGGCCGUGAAGGCUGUCGCCCUGUGUCACAAUGUGACCCCCGUGUACGAGGCCCGCGGCGCAGCCGGGGAGACCGAGUUCGCCGAGGCCGACCAGGAUUUCAGCGACGACAACCGCACCUACCAGGCCUCCAGCCCCGAUGAGGUGGCCCUGGUGCAGUGGACGGAGAGCGUCGGCCUCACUCUGGUCAACAGAGACCUCACGUCCAUGCAGCUGAGGACCCCCAGCGGCCAGAUCCUGACCUACUGCAUCCUGCAGACCUUCCCCUUCACGUCGGAGAGCAAGCGGAUGGGGGUCAUCGUCAGGGACGAGUCCACAGCAGAGAUCACGUUCUACAUGAAAGGUGCCGACGUUGCCAUGUCCACCGUCGUCCAGUAUAAUGACUGGCUGGAGGAGGAGUGCGGCAACAUGGCCCGCGAAGGCCUGCGCACCCUCGUGGUGGCCAAGAGGGCGCUGACGGACGAGCAGUACCAGGACUUCGAGAACCGCUACAACCAGGCCAAGCUGAGCAUCCACGACAGGACGCUCAAGGUGGCCGCCGUGGUGGAGAGCCUGGAGCGGGAGAUGGAGCUGCUGUGCCUGACGGGGGUGGAGGACCAGCUGCAGACGGACGUGCGGCCCACCCUGGAGAUGCUGCGCAACGCGGGCCUCAAGAUAUGGAUGCUGACGGGAGAUAAACUGGAGACGGCCACGUGCAUCGCCAAGAGUUCUCACCUGGUGUCUCGAACGCAGGACACGCACGUUUUCAGGCCGGUAACCAGUCGGGGAGAAGCCCAUUUGGAACUGAAUGCCUUUCGAAGGAAGCAUGACUGUGCACUGGUCAUAUCCGGGGACUCCUUGGAGGUCUGCCUGAAGUACUACGAGCACGAGUUCGUGGAGCUGGCCUGCCAGUGCCCGGCCGUGGUCUGCUGCCGCUGCACGCCCACGCAGAAGGCCCACAUCGUCAGGCUGCUGCAGCAGCACACGAGCAGACGCACGUGCGCCAUCGGUGAGCGGGGGCGUCCGGGCAGACGCGCGUGCGCCAUCGGUGACGGAGGGAACGACGUGAGCAUGAUCCAGGCAGCGGACUGCGGGAUCGGGAUCGAGGGGAAGGAGGGCCGGCAGGCCUCGCUGGCGGCUGACUUCUCCGUCUCGCAGUUCAAGCACAUCGGCCGCCUGCUCGUGGUGCACGGGCGCAGCAGCUACAAGCGGUCGGCGGCACUCAGCCAAUUUGUCAUGCACCGCGGCCUCAUCAUCUCCACGAUGCAGGCCGUGUUUUCCUCCGUCUUCUACUUCGCGUCCGUCCCUCUGUACCAGGGAUUCCUCAUGGUGGGGGCGCCCGCCCGGCAGCUGGGAAGCCCGUCCGCAGAGCGGCGGCCCGGGGCCCGUGGCGAAGGCUGUGCUCGUUGCGCUGCCAGAGCUACAAGGCGGGAGGCCUGUGUCAGACACGAGUAGACCGGAGUUUCUUCCCCUCACCCUUCGUGACGGCGCCAGCAGGUAAAGCCGGCGUGGCGGCCGCUGUGCAAUGAACAACGCGCGCGGCUUCUCUCCUCCGCGAAGCCCCUCCACCGCGUGGUGAAGGCGACGGCGGCUAGCACACGUGUCCCAGCGCCGUCCUGAGCGCCGUCCUGUCCCCCCGCAUCGCUAGGACACGGGUCUCCCGGCCUCAGCGUCUUCCCAGGACGGCGGAGGACAAGCCAGCGGGUUAUCGCACCCCGUGGAGCCCGGUUCAAGGGCACGGUUACAUGCGUGUCGCCUGGCGGCUCCCUGAACCCCGAGAAUCCCGGGGAUUUCAGCGAGAGGCAUCGGGGGCAUCGGGGCGCAACGUGGGCUGAUUUCAGGGCGAAGCUGGGCGGGCGAGGUCCCGUCGCGAGUGACGGGGCUCCCUCGGCCUCCCGUCCUGUGUCCUGGCCUCCUGCCCCCGGGCCAAGGGCGUCCGCUGCCUCCGCACGCCCGUGUCUCCAGAGUGGACGUCAGGGCGAACUGGGGACCUGGUGGGACCAGCUCUGGGGGUGUCUGGGGGCGCAGGGCAGGCGGGAGGGGCGGCGGGAGGCUGGCGAGGGGUGGGCCGAGCCCGGGGUGUGGGCGCAGGAGAGCUUUCCAGGAAGAGGGAGCCCUGGGGCGGGUGCUUGGGCCCCGAAGAGGACAGGGCGCUGAGCUCGGCAGCGGGGGGCCGGGGCAGUGGCGGGGGUGUGAGGUGAAGGUGCCGCUCUCCUGCCACGUGGACGCAUCCCUGAGCGCCCGGCUUGCCGCCCGGGAGCCGCAGGGGCUGGAUCCUGGUCCCCCUCGCCCCGGGUCUCCAUCGUUUCUCCCCUCCUCCCCUGGCUCCUGUGUGGCUUGAGCUGUUGAACAGGUUAGGUUCUUGUGGAAAUUAGAGCCUAUCCUUCCCCACGGAACUCAUGCGGACCCUGCCCAGGUCCCUGGAGGCGGAGGGGAAGCACUGCCCCUCCCCCACCCCCAGGCCCAGGUCAGGAUAAAGGCUUCACUGCGACUGGCUGUGGGGCUGGGCCUUGCGCCAGUUCAGGCAGCCUGCCCUUAAUCGCAGCAGGAGUUCCUAGAGUCCUUCAAAGAGAGGGAAAAGCCUAAAGGUACAGAAAGCUACAAAUUUUUUUACAUUUUUCCAUUGCUGCUUAAGUCUUUGCAAUAAUUAUCACACUAAUUACUCUAAACAGCACAGAAUUUGCAUAGUAGCGCUGGUUAUGUCUUGAGCUUGUCCAGUGCAUUUCUUCCUCGGAGGCCAAAGAAAAAGCGUAACCAUUCUCACUUCCCAUUUUUCAAAGUGUGGAUUUGGAAGUUUAAAAGGAAGUGUUAGGGGGCAGAGGUGUUACUCCUUAG